CAAACUUAUGAAAAUUACGACGCGAGAGUUGAACGGCAACUGAUCAUCACGUCGUUUUUAAUCUAAUAAAUAUAAAAUAAUUUUAUAAUGGUGUGUUAAAAUUAAAGUGCCUAAUAUAAUAGUGUUAAAUUUUAUACAUUUAAGUGAUAAAUGCUAUCGAAAUGUCCAAAAAUAAAAUAGCAGCGAGAAUUGACAGCCAAAGUGUUGAAGUCAAAACCAAAUUCGACGCAGAGUUCCGAAGGUUCUCACUGAGUCGGACAGAGAAGCUCAAGUACGAAGACUUCAAGGCUCUCAUAGAGAAACUGCACCGGCUUCACGACGUGGCGUUCCUGAUAUCGUACACAGACCCUCGGGACGGGGAUCUGUUACCGAUCAACAAUGAUGACAAUUUGGCCAGGGCGCUGCUCACAGCGAGACCUUUACUCAGGGUCAUUAUUCAGAGGAAAGGUGACAGUUUGGAAGAACUCAACGGUUACGGCACGAUGCGUCCGCGCAACAUCAUAUCGUCUAUACUCAGCGGCACCCCGGCGAAGAACAAAGGAUUGGCGAUAUCCAACCCGCACGAUUUCAGAAUGGUAUCAGCAAUAAUAGACGUCGACAUAGUACCAGAAACAUGUAGAAGAGUUAAGUUAUUGAAACACGGCUCAGACCGACCUUUAGGAUUUUUCAUUAGGGAUGGUACAUCAGUUAGGGUGACUCCGAACGGUGUGGAGCGUUCCCCGGGCAUCUUCAUAUCCCGACUCGUCCCCGGGGGAUUGGCAGAGUCUACCGGCCUUCUGGGGGUCAACGAUGAAGUGCUGGAAGUCAACGGUAUUGACGUAUCCAAUAAGACUCUGGAUCAGGUGACGGACAUGAUGGUGGCCAACUCGUCCAACCUGAUCAUCACGGUGCGGCCCGCCAACCAGCGCGCCGCGCCCGCGCCCGCCGCCGAUGCGCACGCGCACGACAGCGAGCCGGACGACAGAUUCGACCAAGACGAACAGGAUGAGAUCGUCGACCUCACCGCGGUGACUUUAGACGAACAACCGGAACAGUCGAACUUCCAACACAUUUCUACGAAGGACGACGGACAAGUGUUACACCUCUAGUUUGUGCAGUUUGUAUUAAAGAGAUACAAGAGACGGUGUCAGUAACGAACAUUCCGGUAUGUUAAGAUUUAAAAAAAUAAAUAAGAAGAAACAUAAUGCCUAUGUCGAUAGUGUAAGAAACAUCGAUAUUGUCGAUAGUGUAAAACAAUUUUAUAGAUUUCAAUUUUGUGUAAUCAAUCUAUUCUGUCGAUAGUGUAUAAAAGUCGAUACUAUUGAUAAUCACAAGCAAUACUUCCGGUUGUGUAGAAAACAUCGAUAAUGACAUAACAUAUCAAUUACAUGAAUAGUAUUAGCCUUUUGCGAAAACCAAUUGAUGUUAAGACUAUCGAUCGUGUCUUAAAAUUUAUUUCUAACGAUUGUUUAUACAAAAUAACUAACCAACAGCUUAACUUUAAACACAUCCCUACAAAGGGUGACGGUCAAGUGGUACAUCUCUUAUAUGUGGAGUUUGUAUUAGGAAGAUACAGGAGACGGUAUCUGUAACGAACAUUCCGAUUUUAGAAAAAAAAGGAGAGAAAAUCUAUAUCGAUAGUGUAAAAGUCGAUAGUAUCGAUACAAUGAAACAAUCAAUACUAUCGACAUUUAAAAUAUAAUCGAUAGUGAGUAACAUCAAUAGUUUAAAACAAUUCUAUAAUACGUGAAAAGCUAUCCUAAAACAUCUAAUUAUAUCUAUAUUAUUAAUGAUAUUUAGCGGCCUAACUACAGUGACUACGAUUUUAUCAAUCAAAGGAGACAGUAUCCGUUAACGAACAUUGCUAUUUAUUAAGAUUUUAAAAGAAUAAGAAGAAAAAUAAAGCCUAUAUCGGUAGUGUAAGACACAUCAAUAUUGUCGAUAGUGUAGGAAACAUCGAUAGUGUAACAAAUCAAUUAUACAAAUAAUACCCUUUGGCAGUCACUAGAUGGCAGUAAUUAAUUUCAUAUUAAUCUGUCAAGUAGACUUUGAAUUACAAGCAUAUAGAUAGAAGGUCAGUUCAAGAGUAUCCUAAACCUUGAUUUUUUGUAUAAAAGUGGAAAGUACUGCUAAAUGUGUUAUCGCAAGAGCAACUAAAGGUGAUUACCACCGUAAGUCACCAUGACAUUUUUCUAUUUCAUCUAAAAUCUGACAUUAUUUGACACAUUAACCAUAUUACCGAAGUAACUUUUUUAUGGCGCGAAAAUAUUUGAGCGAUUGAGCCUAUCAGAACGCGCGAUUUAAACCCGCGAGCUGAACUGUCCGCUAUUACAAGCGAGAUAGCAGGAUGCAUUUUGUUUUUGGAUUUUAAGUUUAAUGUAAUUGUAAUAAGAUCGUUAUUUUACUGAGUUUUCAUUCGGUUUCAUUCGGCGGUAGGUUUCGCUAUUCUGCGCCGUCGAAUAUAAGCCGAGGUGACGUAUAAAAUUGGCUAACAAUUGCACACAAAACGUCGUUUGCAAGAAGACGACAAAUCAUUCCUUAAGUUUAUAAUACAAUAUGGCAUUAUAUUAUUCCGAUUUUGAUGACGGCGAUAUAAAACUGUCAAUUCUUUUUUUUUUAUUUGAAAUCUUUAUGCGAAAUUUAACUUUCCAAAAAGACCGAUCGGAAUAAUUUUCAAAUUGAUUAAUUAAGAACAUUCCAGAUGGUGUAAGAGAAUAGUUGUAACAUUCCAAUGAUGUAUUAUGUAAAUAGGUUAGCGUAAAAGCUCACGAUUGGACAAUAAAUUAGCCGGUAAUUAUCGAUUAUCGGUAAUCGAUAUUGGAUAACCUAGCGUCACUAGCUUUGAUCAUAUAUUUCUGUAAAUUCACAGAUGCUGUUAAAAAUUGGCAAAACAAGACAAAACAGUGUCAUUAUUAUAUUAUACAUUAGUAAUGUUGAAGUG